CAAGACUUAUUGCCCAUACUGCACAAAGGUGAAGGACCUGUUUUCCAAGCUGGGGGCUAAUCACAAAGUGAUCGAGUUGGAUAAAGAAAGUGAUGGUUCCGAGAUACAAGCUGCACUUGCUCAAUGGACUGGGCAACGAACAGUGCCCAAUGUGUUCAUCUCCGGAAAUCACAUUGGUGGCUGUGACAAUGUCAUGGAAAAGCACAAUGGGGGUAAGCUUGUGCCCCUGCUGACUGAGUCUGGUGCUCUUGCUGCCUCUGCUUCAACCUGAAGAGCCUGGCGAAUGAUGAAUAAACAGGCCUGGAACAUAUAAAACUGGCCGUAAUGAACCUAGUUCGUCUUAAUCUUACUGAAUGGAACUAAGUGUACGUAAUGCUAUUAAAUAACAAACAAAGUCCAAUGCUGCUGAAAUCAUGAAACGAUUGCGCAACUUCGGCAAGAACUUAUAAUCUGUUUUGAUUACUAUUAUUUUUUUUGUUGGCAAAUAUUUUGAGCUCUUAA